AUUACCAAUCUGCGUGAAGAAGUUUCUCUGGCAACAGGAGUUAGUGAAGCGGCUGUUGCCCAUGUACUUGCUGAGUUCAAUAAAACUGGGAUAGUUAUAUCAUCAAAACAUGGUCAUCGGCCUUCUGAAGUUUUUGAAACAGAGUAUAUAAAAGCUAUUCAAGAUCUUAUUUUGUCUGCAAAUCAAAAUAGUAUUACGCUCUCUCUCCGAAUACUUGUUUUAGAAUUAUCUGAGUUGG